AUGCUUUAUAAACUUGGCGAAAACCUAAAAGCGAAGGAGUAUGUUGAGAGGGCCCUUGCCAUAACAACCGAAAUUGGCGACAGAAAAGGGGAAGCAUUAUGUCAUGGAAUCCUUAGUACUUUGUUUCUGUCGCUCGGCCAAUUCGACAAGGCUAAAGAGUAUCUUCAAAAAGCGCUCGCCAUCAGAAUUGAAAUAGGCGACAGAGAGGGAGAGGCAGCUGAAAAGGCAAACCUAGGUACUUUGCUUCUGUCGCUUGGCCAAUACGACAAGGCUAAAGAGCAUCUACAAAAUGCGCUCCUCAUCAGAACUGAAAUUGGCGACAGAAAAGGAGAGGCAGCUGACUACGAAAAUCUAGGUACUUUGUUUCUGUCGGCCAAUACGACAAGGCUAAAGAGUAUCUCCAAAAAAGGGCUGGUCAUCAGUACUAAAAUUGGCUAUGAGGAAGGAGAAGCAGAAAAUCUUUCAAACCUUGGAACUGCGUUUAGUAUUGUUGGAGAUUAUGACGCUUCGGAAGUACAAUUGGAGAAAGCUUUAUCCAUAUCCAGAGAUAUUGGAGAUAGAAGAAAAGAGUUCCAAAUCUUUUGA